AGUAUUUAUUACCCCAAAAAAAGAAGUACCAAAGUUGAGUCGACAGAGACAACGACGACUGUCCGAUGGCUUCUCCACUAAAGAAGCUCAUCUCAACCUUUUUGUUUCUCUUAUCCUCAACCGUCAUCAUCGUUGCCUCAUCAGAACCACUGUGUCAUCCUUAUAAAUCGAUCAUAAGCUUCGGUGAUUCCAUAGCCGACACCGGAAAUUAUCUACGUCUCUUCGACGUCAAUCAUCUUCCUCAAGCCGCAUUUCUACCUUACGGCGAAACCUUCUUUCAUCCUCCCUCUGGCCGUUACUCCGACGGCCGUCUUAUCAUAGACUUCAUCGCUGAGUUCUUGGGACUGCCAUACGUACCACCUUAUUUCGGAUCUCAAAACGUGAGCUUCGAGCAAGGGAUUAAUUUCGCGGUGUAUGGAGCAACUGCCCUGGAUCGUGCAUUUCUAAUGGAAAAAGGAAUUGAAUCUGAUUUCACCAAUGUUAGUUUAAAUGUUCAGCUUAACACAUUCAAGCAGGUUCUACCUAACCUCUGCGCCUCGUCUUCUCGUGAUUGCAGAGAGAUGCUUGGAGACUCGCUGGUACUCAUGGGAGAGAUUGGUGGAAACGACUAUAACUAUCCCUUCUUCGAACGCAAAACUGUCAAUGAGAUUAAAGAGCUUGUUCCUCUAAUCAUCAAAACUAUUUCUUCAGCAAUUGUGGAUUUGGUAGAUUUGGGAGGCAAAACCUUUUUGGUACCUGGAAACUUUCCAAUAGGAUGUUCUGCGUCAUAUCUUACUCUAUUUCAUAAUGCAAAAGAAGAAGAACAUGACCCUUUCACUGGUUGUAUCCCAUGGCUCAACGAAUUUGGAGAGUACCAUAAUGACCAGCUUAAGACCGAACUCAAACGACUACAAAAACUAUACCCGCAUGUUAACAUUAUUUAUGCUGACUACUACAACUCCAUCUACACGUUUUUCCAAGAACCAGCCAAAUACGGAUUUAAGAACAGACCUUUGGCUGCUUGUUGUGGAGUUGGAGGUAAAUACAACUUCACUGUUAAUGAAGAGUGUGGAUACAGAGGAGUUAACUAUUGUCAAAAUCCAUCUGAGUAUGUAAAUUGGGAUGGUUAUCAUUUAACCGAAGCUGCAUACCGCAAGAUCGCUCACGGUUUACUCAAUGGUCCAUAUGCAACUCCUGCAUUUGAUUGGUCCUGCCCUGGCUCUGCAUCAGUGGAUAAAAAAUAUUCUUUCAGCAGUUAAUACGAAUCCAUUUGUUGUAAAAAAAAUUGAAGUAAAAAACAUUUAGUAAUGAAAGGAUGAUGAUGAUGAUGAUAA